UGGUGCAAAGCAAACUUCUCUCAUUACAUACACACGAGAAAACUCACCCGAAAAUUGAAAUGUUUCUUCUCAGUCAGAUAAAAGACCUUUAUUACUGGGCCUGACUGACAAGGCUGGGCUCCGCAGACCCCUGGAAUGCCUUCGCAAGCCUCAAAGAGUCUGCGGACCCCCAUUUGAGAACCACUGAACUAGAAAGUUGUAGAACUGUAAGCAUUAUGUCAGAGAAGAUCAUGGUACAAAAAACCCGAGACUGAGGCAAGAAAGGGACAGUGUAAACACAAAGUCUAGGUUCUUCGGAAUUGUGUGAGAUCACAGACCUGUAACCCAUCUGGUUUCGGAGAGCAAUGACUCGUCGCUCUCAAAACUUCUUUUCGGUCGGCUCGGUUUCGAUUGUGGUAGUUUGUGCUUGCAGACGAAAGCGAGCUUCCGAUCCGGCCAUCGGAAGCGGCCCAACGUUGGCUUCACAUGGAUCAAGUGGAAGAAGAGAAGCUGGAGUGGAUGACCAUGCUUCCUCCGGCGAAGGAACCGGACUCAAAGGACCCUGUCGUGGGGCGCUUCGAUUUUGAGGGCAACCUGGUUUCACCCAGCGCAGAGAUCCCAACUCACCGUGGUCUGCAUCACCACGGCGACUCGCCACAGGCAGCAGGUUACAGCACGGCGGAGAUACUGCAGUUUUUACGGAGCAGCGUGCGGUCUCAGCGCCUGUUGGCACUCCAGCUUCUAGAGCGAAUGCUCACCAAGCACUGGGAGGGUCGUUACGCUGGUCUGCUGGCGGAGACUGAUCUUGCAGACCACCUUCUUGGCUCUGGCUUGGCGCCGCUGCUGAGGUCUGCACUCGACGACCGGUCUACCCUGGAUGCCGCACUGGCUGCCCUGCGUGCCCUGGUGGUCUCUCGCCCACAGGAAGAAGUCUUGAAGUGCGCUUUCCUCUGGUGCCUGGGCCACCGCAGUCCUUUUCUCCAGCCGGUGAAACGCGUGGAAGGCACGAACGAGCUCACGGACCUCGAGCUGUCCCAGGCAGAUAUCGUCAAGGCCCUGUUGCGGAUGGACUUGCUGACACGUCUCAGCUACGUCCUGCGGAAGUGUUGUCCAGGCGCCAACGCGGUGGCAUCGACACUGUUGAUCCUGGCGAGAAUGGCUCGCCAUUCGUUGCAGUCAGCCACAAAGAUACUGGACCACCCGGGGCUGAUGGAGUUGGUAUUUGAGCAAUUUCUGCCACAGCAUUGGGGGUCUCCAGCUGUGGUGUCCGGCAAGAUGGCCCAGGCUUACGGGAGCCCCAUGUGGUCUGCUUUGGAACUUGUCCGAUCCCUGGCAGCCGCCGGACGCUCCCUCGCAAGCACUCUGCUGCAGCGGUAUCCCCUGGAGGAGAGCCUUUCUGCCUACCUGGCACUGGACCCCAGUGCCAGUCGACUUCCUGGUUCGGACUGUCUCUGCCUGGCCCUGGAGGCUGUGAGGACGUGGCGGGUGCUCUUGGCUUACGAACUGGCUGGAGGUCUCUGCCUGGCGCUGUUCCCAGUAGUGGCGAGGCGUCUCCAGCUGUGCUCUUGCUUUGAGCUGGACGGGGAGGCCUUCGACCUGGAGUAUGGCGCCUGCCUGCUCCACUGUCUGGCCACCCUGCCCGCGGAAGUGGCCAGGGAGGCCGCCCACGGACUCGGCUCCAUCCUGGAGUCAUGCUGCGGCCGCUGGGCGGACUGGCUCGCACGUUCGGACCACGCCGAAGCCUCUGGGGAGGGAAUAUCCCUGGUGGCGGCAGCGGUUCACUGUCUGGCUGCGCUACGUGCACCUGAGUUGCGGUCCAGCUCCCCGUGUGCAACUGCCCUAGUGAGCUUGCUGCGGUCACAACGCUUCGCCACACUGAGCACGGCCUUGAUGAACUGCUCUCUACUCACACGCCCGACCGAACCCAAGGAGAGCAAUCUGAUUGGUCGAGCGCCCUGUGUGGCCGGCGGUUUCGAGCUCGGUAACCGUUGCGUCUCUCCUCCCGGAAUAUCGCUCCUCGUGGCCUCUCUGGCGAGGCUUCUGCACAUUGCGACGACCACCUCCCCAGAUGACCCCGUCUGGCACCAGGCACGCGACAUGUUACUACAUGGCACAGGCGUGUCAUCGUACCUGCGGCGGCUGGUAGGAUCCGGUGGUUGCCAGGCCCACGUCCAUUGCCUUCACUGGUGCUCAGGAGCCGAACUGGACAUGCUGCACGAAUUGGUGCUUCUCGCCGCCUGCACGUCUCUCCAAAACAAGGACGACACCUUGCUCUGGCACCAGGUGUCACUGACUCUUGUUGGUAGCUGUGCUCCGGGUUUUGAGGACCGGGUCUUCAGCUUGCUGCUGAGCGUCGUUUUUCGACCAGAAUUAGCUCGGGCUGAGGACACCAGUAAGCCCGGCGAGAGUGCCAGCGGCGUCGACGCUUGCGAGACCUUGACGAGCGUCACAGGAAGUUCAAUUUCAAUGCCUGCAGACCCCUGCGACGAUCAACAGCUCGCUGCCGUGAGAAACAUUUACCUGGACGCGGUCCGUCAGCGGUUCCCGAAAAGAGAACUCCAAGCGCUGUCAUUGAACUGGGCCGAGCAUCCAGUGCUUCCUCUCGACUGGCCCUACCUUCCUCUGGAAGCGCUGUGCGCUGAAGACGUGAUACCUGGCGCCUGCAGCCUGCACGGGGUGCUCGGCUGUCUGCGCUGGGUGGCGUUUUUACUUCGCCAGAGGCCGCAAGUCCUCGCCACGGUGCCUCCACUGGUGCACUACUGCCGGCUGGCAUCCGUGUUCCUCGCGGGUCCAGACGUGUUCCUGGACGCUGAGGUGCAAGGACUGCUUCUGCUGGUGCUCCGCCUCCUUCGUCGGCGCAGGUUACUCUGCGCCACGCAGAAGGACCUGGACCUACGCAGCUGGCCUGGCCUCCUCCCCUUUUCCGACUUCUUUCCCCGGCUCCUGGAGCAGUUUGCUGGGGAGUCGUACGGAGACGCCGUGUUUGCCUGCUGGCUGCUGGUGCCCCUGCAGGCAGAGUGCGACUCCCACUUCCGGAGGCUGCUCUUUGCGGAGCACCCUGAGGCCCUGCCCCUGAUACGUCUGCUGCCCUCCCAGUCGGUGGUACCUCUUGGGCGGUUCCUGGAACCUGCGGAAGAGGACCCCGUGGUCCUGGAGGCUUAUGCGAGCCACCUGCUGUCGGGCAAGCUCACCCCCGACAAAACACCGAUGCUGUUCGAGAUGGCUACGCAUGGUGUCGCAAGUUUCGUGAGGAGCAAAGCUGACACUCCUCUGGCGAUUCGUCUUCUGUCUCUGCUGCAGCACAACAAGCAUCACGAGGCCGUGCAAAAAGUGCUGAACUGGGAAAGGAGCACCGAGAGGCCAUCAUGACCUAUAAAGGUUUAGCAUAAACUGUUUUCUGCCAUGUAACCCAUUAAGAACACCACAGGUGAAAAAAUCUUUUUUCGUGUGGCCGCUGUUUCAUAUUGUUGCCCAAAAUGCAAAAUAAACUUGUAAAUAUUUUCAA